GCCAGCGAGCGGGCGCGGCCGGGAGCCCGCAGCCCUGGCGCCCGCCGCCGCCCGGAGGAGCCCCGCAAUAUGCCGCCGCGGCCCUCUGGCUCUCGGCCAUGGCGAGGCUCUGCCGGCGCGUCCCUUGCACCCUGCUCCUCGGCCUGGCGGCCGUGCUGCUGAAGGCACGGCUGGUCCCCGCGGCCGCCCGAGCCGAGCUCGGCCGCUCCGACCUCAGUCUCAUCCAGCAGCAACAGCAGCAGCAGCAGAGGCAGCGGGAGGAGGCUGAGGAAGAGAGGCCAGAGGGGCCAGGAGCAUCCUCCACCGUGACCGAUCCAGUGUCCGUGUUUAUGCUCAAAGUCCAGGUGAAUGACAUUAUCAGCCGUCAAUACCUGAGUCAAGCAGUUGUCGAAGUAUUUGUAAACUACACAAAGACCAACUCCACAGUAACUAAAAAUAAUGGAGCAGUGUUGAUAAAAGUGCCCUAUAAGUUAGGCCUCAGCUUAACCAUCAUUGCUUAUAAAGAUGGCUACGUGUUGACACCUCUGCCUUGGAAGACUGGAAGAAUGCCAAUUUAUUCAUCAGUUACCCUUUCCCUGUUCCCGCAAAGCCAAGCAAAUAUAUGGCUAUUUGAAGACACUGUUCUGAUUACUGGAAAAUUAGCUGAUGCCAAAUCUCAACCAAGUGUUCAGUUUUCAAAAGCCUUAAUUAAACUUCCUGACAACCAUCACAUUAGCAACGUUACUGGCUAUCUCACAGUUCUACAGCAGUUUUUGAAAGUGGACAAUUUUCUGUAUACAACUGGACUUACUCUCAACAAACCAGGUUUUGAAAGCAUUGAAUUGACUCCUCUUGCUGCAAUAUGUGUGAAAAUAUACUCUGGUGGGAAGGAGUUAAAGGUGGAUGGCUCCAUUCAAGUUUCACUCCCUCUGCUACAUGCGGAUGACAUCCAUGGGGAUGAUCGCAUACCUGCUUGGGCAUUCGAUAUGGACACAGGUGCUUGGGUAAAUCAUGGCUGGGGAAUGGUCAAAGAAUAUAACAAUCACUUAGUUUGGACUUAUGAUGCACCACAUCUGGGAUACUGGAUAGCAGCUCCACUUCCAGGAUCUAGAGGUUCAGGUGUAAGUGAAGAUCCCAAGGACAUAACUGCCUACCACACAGUGUUUCUUACAGCCAUACUAGGAGGGACAAUAGUCAUUGUCAUUGGUUUUUUUGCUGUACUACUUUGUUACUGCAGGGAUAAGUGUGGUACUCCACAAAAAAGAGAAAGAAAUAUCACUAAACUUGAGGUCCUCAAAAGAGACCAGACAACAUCAACAACACACAUAAAUCACAUCAGUUCCGUCAAAAUUGCAUUAAAAGCUGAGGACAAGUCACAGAUAUUUAAUGCCGUCUCCUACAGCCCUCAGAAAAAGGAACCAUCAAAAGCAGAAGGAGAAGAAAGAGUUUCCAUGGUAAAAACUCGGGACAACUUUAAAAUCUACAAUGAAGAUGUUUCAUUCCUAUCAGUCAAUCAAAAUAACUACUCAAGAAACCCAACACAGUCUUUGGAGCCAAUUGGAGGGACCAAACAACCUAAACAUAUCAACAACAAUCUGUCUUCAUCAUUAGGUGAUGCUCAAGAGGAGAAGAGGUAUCUUACAGGUAAUGAGGAGAUGUAUGGACGAUCUCACCUUCCUGAACAGCUAAUGCAUAUCUACAGCCAGCCCAUUGCCAUCCUUCAAACGUCAGACCUCUUCUCCACGCCAGAGCAGUUACAUACUGCGAAGUCAGCGACUUUGCCAAGGAAAGGACAGCUAGUCUACGGCCAAUUGAUGGAACCAGUAAACAGAGAGAACUUCACACAGACAUUGCCGAAAAUGCCAAUGCAUUCCCAUGCACAGCCCCAAGAUGUGAGGGAAGAGGAUAUUGUUCUGGAAGGUCAGCAGAGUUUGCCAUCCCAGACUUCAGAUUGGAGCCGAUACUCCAACAGCUUAUUAGAAUCUGUCUCUGUCCCCGGAACACUAAACGAAGCUGUUGUAAUGACUCCAUUUUCUUCAGAACUUCAAGGAAUUUCAGAGCAGACCCUCUUGGAGCUGUCCAAAGGAAAGCCUUCCCCACAUCCCAGAGCCUGGUUUGUGUCCCUUGAUGGAAAGCCGGUUGCCCAAGUGAGACACUCCUUCAUAGACCUGAAAAAGGGAAAGAGAGCCCAGAGCAAUGACACAAGUCUUGACUCUGGGGUGGAUAUGAAUGAGCAUCAAUUGAACAGAAAGCUUGAGAGGGAGAAAACAUUCAUUAAAAGCAUGCAUCAGCCCAAGAUCCUUUACUUAGAAGAUUUAGACCUGAGCAGCAGUGAGAGUGGAACCACUGUCUGCUCCCCGGAGGACCCCACGUUGAGGCAUAUCUUGGAUGGAGGAGGGAGUGCAGUUAUCCUGGAGCACCCUGGGGAAGAGUCUUCAGCAAGAAAAAAUACCAUUGAAGAUUUUGAAGCCACUACAUCUCCCACCAGAAAAAGGGGCCGACCACCACCACUUACCAAAAGAGACAGCAAGACUAACAUCUGGAAGAAGCGAGAGGAACGCCCUCUACUUCCCAUAAAUUAAGUCGCAAGGUGGCUGCAUCUGUGCUUCUUGUUGUAAAUUUUAGUAUGAACUGAAGAAGUUGAGACUGAGUGAACUCAUGGUCCCAGGUCGUGUCUCAAGGAGAGUAAAUAGGUAAUUCAGUAACCAGAGAGGAAGGCACUGAGGAAUGCUUUUUCCAGCUUAUUCUUUUUUUUUUUUUUUUAGUUUUAAGUGAAUCAUUUGAAGUAUUGGCUUUUCAAAAUAUGGAUAUAGCAUCAAGAUGUUAAUUAUUUAACAAAAUAUUUGCUCAGUCACCCAAAUUGGGACUGACUCUCUUGAGAAUAAAAUAAUGAAAUGGAUAUUUCUAAAGUUACUCUUAAAAAAUGUGUCUACCUGAUAACUACCCUUUUAUAGGAACCUCACAUGAAAUGCUAGGAUUAAAUCCCCCUCUGCCUAUACUUGAUAUAGACUUCAUAAAUGUUUCAACUGAUACUAUGUUAGACUUCAAAUACCAGGCAAUAUUUGCUUUUGUGAAAUAAAUAGCACAUAUCAUCCCCAAAGUAAAUUGGACACUCAUAUAAAAUGGGUAAGAUGACCAAGAGAUGGAGGUACCAACUCUUUAAAUACACACACACACACACACACACACACACACACACACUCCACAAAAUAAAUAGCAAUUUGAGAAAUUAAAAAAAUAAAUUUGAGAAAUGAUUGUUGUAAAGCAGGGUUUUUAUUUUUCAUUUUAUCUUCCACCCUCAAAAUGAAGCAACCUAAGUUGUCAUGAAAGAAAAUUUAACAAUCUGAAAUAACAACAAAACUUUGAUGUUAAGGCUCACUGACACAUAUAGGCAAGAAUCUAAUGUGUUUCUUCUAUUCCAAAAGCUGUAACUCCGUCACUAAAAGCUAGUAAACUUGAUAUAAAAAGUGAUAAUGAUAAUGAAUGUUUCCUAUGGACACCAAAAAGUUAACAAAAUAUGAGGAGAUAAAAGAAGUAAACAUUUUUUUAUAUGAAUAGAAAAAAGGCCAUUUUCCCCAGGCUCAAAAAUAUUUUAGGAAAUCAGUUAUAUAGGUACAUACAUGUUGGUACAUUUGUAAGAUGUUUGAGAAAAAUGCUCUCAAUUCAGUAGAAGCAUAAAUUCUUCCUAUGUUCACUUGCAGGCAUUGUAAUUUUUUACUUAAUUUAAUUUAAUUUAUUUAUUUUUGUUUUGUGCUGGUCCUGGGACUUGAAAUCGGUGCCUGGGCGCUGUCACUGAGCUUUUAUUACUCAAGGU